AUGCCAGAGGGCAAGGGUCAGGUCAAAUACGCUGUUGUUGCCGUAGACUACUUUACCAAAUGGGUAGAAGCCAAAGCCCUAGCGACAAUAACGGCAGCCAGGGUCGAGGAUUUCGUCUGGACGAAUAUUUGCUGCCGAUUCGGCAUCCCCUACGCCAUCGUCACGGAUAACGGCAGGCAGUUUGAUUCGGAAGUCUUUAGGGAAUUCUGCACCGACUCAAGAUCAACCUGUUCUUUGCUUCGCCAGCACACCCCCAAUCGAACGGACAGGUCGAAGCCAUGA